AUGGUGCGCCCAACAUCGGCCAAUGAGUUGGUCGUGGUGGCGGGAUCUUUCGCCCUGAUAACAAAAUUGCCCAUGAACGAGGGGCUCUUUGGCGAGGGAACCGAGCGAGGCGUUGCUGGCUUUUUGGGGUCGCGGGCUCAGGUGUCGCGGGGGCCGGAUUCAGGUUUUGGAGGCUAUGCCGCGAGAUGUCAGCCAAUGUACGAAGAAGCCCCCAGAGAUGUUUCAAGAAUCGAGAGCUGCCAUGAAAGCUUUCAUGAGAGCGAACAGGACAGGGAUCAUGAUCUUCAACUUACGGAGUUGCCUCCUUGGCCUCACAUCCCCCUUCUGCUUCAGGACAUAGAACACGAGGCCCAAACAAUUGCUGGCCACAAUGCUGAUGACGACCCAGAGGCCGUCGGGGAUUCUUGCCAGGUUAUCUAUGGCGGAGGGAGGAGUGGGCGAGGGGACGACACGGAGGUCACGCAUGAAAGUGGUGGUUAUCAUGAUGGUUUCAGUGAUUACCUCCAUGAUGAGAAUGUUGUUGAGAGGAAAAAAAGCGAGGGCUCUGGAGGAACAUGA